AUGAAGUUGGGAAGAGGAGGAUUCGGGUCAGUUUACGAAGGUGUUUUGGCUGACUGCUCAAAGAUAGCAGUGAAGCGCCUUGAUGGGGCAGGACAAGGAGAAAGGGAAUUCCGGGCAGAAGUGGAAACUCUAGGAAAAAUUGAUCAUCUUAAUUUGGUAAGACUGAAGGGCUUUUGUGCAGAAAAGGGCCAUCGAAUGCUUGUAUACGAGUAUCUACAAAAUGGGUCUCUGGAUAAAUGGAUUUUUUCAAAAAAUACCCAUCGACAUUAUCUGGAUUGGAAGACUAGAUACAAAGUAGUUCUGAAUAUUGCAAGAGGAUUGACAUAUUUACAUGAAGAUUGUUGA